AUGCCAGCCCAAGAAAACGAACUCCAAGCGGUCUCCCUAGCCCUGCGCACAGCGCGGGCAAACCAAACCCCAAUCCAGCCCCCGAGCAAGACAUGGCCGACGCUGGACGCCGAAGACGGGUUCAAGAUCCAACAGAUCAGCACCGAGCACGCGGUGCAGAACGGCGACCGUCUGGUGGGCUACAAGCUGGGCAACAUUGCCAAAGUAAUGCAAGAUGCAUUCGGGCUCGACCACCCUGAUUACGGCUUCCUUCUUGCCAGCACCUUUGUCUACGAGAGCACCACCAUCCGGCGCAAGGACUACAUCAAGCCGUACGUGGAGCUGGAGCCGGCAUUCGUACUGCGCGGACCACUCAAGGGCCCCAAUAUCACGGUCGCCGAUGUCAUGAAUGCUAUUGACUACGCUAUCCCCGCUAUUGAGAUCAUUGACUCCCGGGUGCAGAACUGGGAGAUUGGGCUGGCUGAUACGCUAGCCGAUAAUGGGUCCACGGGGGCUGUUAUUCUGGGUGGAACGCCGAAGAAGCUUACUGAACUUACUUUGAGGGAUACGAGGGGUACGUUAAGGUUUAAUGAUAAGGAGGUCAUGGAUGGGAAUACGGCGAAUGUGCUGGGGAAUCCUAUCUCGGCGGUAGCGUGGUUGGUCAACCGUUUGGCUGCUUAUGAUAUUGAGUUUCAGCCGGGGCAGGUUAUUCUUCCAGGGAGCUGCUUGCAGGCUGUACCGAUGGAGGAGGCGGGGCAUUGGAAGUGUACUUUUGAGGGUUGGGGAACUGUUGAGUUUGAUGUUGUGUAG